AUGGAGGACGAUGUGAUCUGCCUCAUCAAAUCGGUGGUGGCCCUGUCCGGAGGACGCGAGUGCCAAACCCGCCGUAAAUGCACUUUGCGUUGCAAGUGCUCCAGACAAGCUCGCUCACGACCAGCGUACAGGAAACGAGUAGGCCAACGCGAAUCAACGACUCCUCUCGAUGCCACCACCAUCGCCGGCGCGGAAGCCUCUGCUCUUGCUGCUGCUGCUUCUGCUGCUGAUGUUGUUGCUGAUUCUGAUGCUGAUGUUGUUGUUGGUUAUGUUGCUGUUGUCGUUGUUGUUGUUGAUUUUGUUGUUGUUGUUGUUGUUGCAUUCCUGCCUGCCUGCCAACCAUCGGCAUGGAAGAUCACGUCGAUCAAAUCAAAUCACUGACAGCGACCCUGUCCAGUGGACACAAGAGCCAAAGCCGCCGUAAGUUCACUCUCUGUUGUAUGCAAGUGUUCAGAUGAGUUCGCUUGCGUCCAACGUAUAGGACGCGAAUAGUCCAACAAGAAGUAACCGUUCUCCUCCAUCCGACCGCCACCGCCACCGCCGACGCCGACGCCUCUGUUGAUGUCGCUGUUGACGUUGAUUCCUGCCUUCGGUGCAGUUCAUCACACCAACAUAGGCCGGUUGACGACACUUGUAGGCGCGUUGACGCCUUCGUCGCCCCCACCAACGUUACUGCUUCCUGUGUCCCUUCACCAUCUUCGGGCAACCUACAGGAUAACAAGACAGUCCUCGUCAAAUCUGCUCCACUGUCUCUCUACACACUCAAGCAAAUAACAGGGUCAGAGUACUCACCCUUUCAACCAUGCAGCCUUCAAUGCACAAAUGGCAUUCGCGAAGGUCCAGUGGCAUUUUGUAACCACCGGACCAAUCUCCUUAUCCACGUUUCGGCCGACUUGCACUGCACUUCGCAUAUCCGACUGUGA